GCACGGACAUAACAUCACUGCGCUCCGAACAGGAUCGGCGCGAGAGGAAAGAGUGGUGUGCACGCGCCGGUGACGCGAAGAGAAAGUCGUUUACCACGUUGUUUCAAAGCGGUCGCACCACAGGAGCUCCAGAAGCCGAGGCAAAUCACUUAUUUGUUAAUUUCGUGUACUCGACGGAUUCCCCCGGACAGUGGAAACGAGAGCUUAGCCUCCCCUGCUUCUUCAUGCGCUUUCAUUGGGAUGGGCUAUUUUCAUAACGUCAUUUCAUUCCUCCCUCUUUUUCAUUUUCUCUUUCUUUGAUUCUUUCUCCCACCAUUUCCUAAAUGGAAGAGAUUGCACCACCCCGCGCGCUUUCUUGCCUGCAAAGUUUGGUUUCUGACUUGUACACAGUUUGCGCAGUCUCUUUCUCCUGGCUUCCCGUGAUUUUUGGACGACAGACAGUUUAACGGACCUGAAGUGGGAGUCAGAAGUGGCAGCGGUGGAAGUGUUAAUCAUAAUGAGGCUUAACCAUGAUUAACUGUGAAAAAUGAUCCACUAACGUGUCAGUGUUUUGCCACUUUUCGAGUCACGCGCUCCUUUUCCAACAUGAUGUAUUCUCCUCUCUGUCUAACUCAGGAUGAAUUCCAUCCAUUCAUUGAGGCAUUGCUGCCACAUGUGCGUGCCUUUGCCUACACCUGGUUCAACCUGCAGGCCCGCAAGCGCAAGUAUUUCAAAAAGCACGAGAAGCGGAUGACCAAGGAUGAAGAGCGCGCAGUCAAAGAUGAACUCCUGGGCGAGAAGCCCGAGGUCAAACAAAAGUGGGCGUCACGGCUCCUCGCCAAGCUCCGCAAAGACAUCCGACCGGAGUGUCGUGAGGACUUCGUGCUGUCCAUCACGGGGAAAAAGCCUCCGUGUUGUGUCCUCUCGAACCCUGACCAGAAGGGAAAGAUGAGGCGCAUUGACUGUCUGCGGCAGGCGGAUAAAGUUUGGCGUCUGGACCUGGUGAUGGUGAUACUUUUCAAGGGCAUCCCGCUGGAAAGCACAGACGGAGAACGGCUGGUAAAGGGCGGCCAGUGUUCCAAUUCUAUUCUCUGCGUCCAGCCUCAUCACAUCAGUGUGUCCGUCAAAGAACUGGACCUUUACCUCGCCUACUUUGUGCAGGAGCGAGAAGCAGAACAGAGCAGCAGUCCUCGCACAGGCAUUGGUUCAGAUCAGGAGGACAGCAGAGCAGCCACCAUGGAUGCUCCAGAGUUUCAGGAGAGCUUCUUGACUUCAGGGGUCUUCAGUGUAACAGAACUGGUGCAAGUAUCAAGAAGGGUGAUAGGAAUGAAGGUCCCACCUUACAGUUACACACCGGUGGUGACAGGCACGGGGCCAAACUUCUCUCUCGGAGAGCUGCAGGGACAUCUUGCUUACGAUCUGAACCCUUCAGGUGUGGGAAUGAGAAGGACCCUACCCAGCACUUCCUCCAGCGGAAGUAAGAGACACAAAUCGGGAUCCAUGGAGGACGAUAUAGACACCAGCCCAGGAGGCGAGUACUACACCUCGCCCAACUCCCCCGCCAGCAGUUCACGUAACUGGCAAGAGGAGAUCGAAGGAGGAAUGUCCCCCACUGUUAAGAAAACAGAGAUGGAUAGUCCAUCCCCUCAGGAGAGCUCUCCACGCCUUGGCUUUACACAGCAUCACAGACCUGUCAUCGCAGUGCACAGCGGUCUCUCCAGAAGUCCACAUCCCUCCUCAUCUCUUCACUUUCCUGGCGGCCCCAUCCUCCCCCAGACUGCCUCUACCUACUUCCCCCACACAACCAUCCGGUACCCCCCUCACCUCAGCUCUCAAGACCCGUUGAAGGACCUGGUCUCUCUUGCCUGUGACCCGUCCAAUCAACAGCCCAGCCCGCUGAAUGGCAGUGGUCAGGUGAAAGUAUCCAGUCACUACAUCUCCUCUCAGAUGCUGGCCCCCCCACCACCCCCCGGCCUGCCCCGUCUGACGCUGCCCUCAGAGUCCAAAUCCAGCACCACCUCUGCAGACGCAGCAUCCAGCUCACCCACCUCCCCCACAUACUCUGCUCCAGGGACGCCACCUGCCAACCGCCCCUUCGUAGGAAUUGGUUCUCGAGACCCUGGCAGUCUGUAUCAGGCACAGUCCUGGUAUUUGGGAAACUGACGAACACAUACACAGACAAACCAGAGGACACGGACAUGGAUUUGAAAAUCAAAUUUUUGUGGAAUUUACCAGAAAAAGAUUUGUGAACGAGAUGCAAGGGGGAAAAUUAGAUAUAUAUGCAGUAUUUGUAUAUAUAUAUAUAUACACACACACAUAUAUAUAUACACAAUAUGUGUGUAUAGAUAUAUGUGCACACAUAUUUAUAUAUGCAUAACAAUGUAUAAGAUGCUUCAAUACACUUUUUCGAAAGGAGAACGGAAACGUAGGAAAGAAAGAAAGCAAGGUCAUGGAUGGAUCAGAAGACAAGGAGAACAAUAAGGAUGUUGUAUUUUUCGGGGACAGCCUGAACUAUGGCGUACAUUCGCGGACGUGUCAAAAACGGCCCACCCUGACUCUCUGCCUCCUGGAUCACCUCUCCUCCAUCCCCUUCUUCCGCUACAGGUGCUGCUUCCUCCAAUAUGCAAAAUAAGUAUCCUUUAUUUUCUUAACAAACAGGGAAGAGAAACCCAAAGGACAGGGUUUUAUUGCGCUAGGAUUUGGCCAGGUUCAGAGUGAGCACGGUCUGUUUUUCUUUUAAAUGGGGCGACGUUAUGCGGAAAAGGAAACUAAAAGCUUUUGACUGGUCGAUGCUUCCGUUCACACAACAUUUUCAAGAGGAAAAGGCAACUUUUCAUCCACGUUUAUUGACAAUCAUGCAUCUGCGUCCUUGGUUUUGCUCAAAUUGUGAUAUUUUUUAAAUUGCAUACUCCACCGUUUGUAACGGAGUUCCACUUUUUGGCGGAAGCCUGUCAUGUUUUUGUACAUCGGAGGACUAAUAGUGGUACCUUGUGACAUCAUACAUCACAGUCAGCGUGUAUACGCGCAUACACACACACGCACACACUCACACACCUACAAAUAGGCUUUAAAGCAAAGGCAUGUACUGUUAAGGCUACACUAGGUGUGUGUGAGCUGUAAAACAGCCCGCAUAGGACGAACCAGGUAAUACCAGGGGUUAACUAGCACCUUCCUCUCUUCGCAAUAUGAAAGCCCCUUAUGUCCUGGACUGUGCUGUACGUGCGUGUAUGCAUGUGCACAAACUUCACAAAUAUUGGUAGUCCCUUAUUCAUCUCUGUGACUUCACAGAUUAUGGUUUUUGAUUCAUGUAGAUAGGUGGAGUUUUUCCACGAAGUGACAAAGGGAGUUGAAAUAUAAAGUUAUAUAUAGUUAUAUUCAUAACUAUAUAUAGUUCUGUCACUACUAAGACAGUAUUGGGUGUAGAGGAUAUUGUGUAAUUUGUUCAUAUGCAUUGAAAAUUACAGGCAUUGCACUACUUUGAAUUUUUAAGUUUCCUAUUUUGCAAAUUCCUUCUUUGGCCUAAUCGUAUGGAAUGCUGCAAAUCGUUUAGUUUUUUUUUAGUCAUGUUCUGAUCUCAAAGUAGAUAAGGGUCGGUUUCCUAGUUGAUCGCAACAUUUUUAAUGUAGAAGUCAUUUAUUCAAGAUCUCCAUUCAUUUUUACAAUUCCCAUAGUUUAGGAAAAAACUCAAAAACAAGCUAUCCUUCCUAUGUUUCUAUUGCAGAAAAGUCUCUACUUGGCUGGUUGGUGACUGCUUGCCACAGAAACGUGUUUUUUCUGCACUCUGAGAUGUGUUGGUUUGUACUAUUGAAAUAACAUCAGGGCUUUACUCUACAACGCUACCAAACUUAAAUCACGAAGCCAUGAAAAGUGCCUGAGACAUUGUGAGAUUUAAAGUCUUAUUUUUUUCUCUUUUGGAAGUUUGCUUCAUCUACUAUGGGUUUUUGUAGAAGUAUAAGGGUCAUUUUAUGCCCAGAGAGAGACCCCGCAAACCCCCCAAGCCAUGUGCUGUACUGGUCAACACACACAGCCGCAGGCAGUGCAGAUGGCUACAAGAUACAUGAACAUACCCUCUUGUUAUCUGCCAGAACAUGACAAAAUCAACACAUAUCAGAACUUUCCUAGGUCCCUUGCAAAUAUAUAAAUAAACUGAAUAAUAUCCACACUCUGGUUGCUUUAGCUAAACUUUUUAAAUGGCUUUGCAUACACAUGCUGUUAAGUUGACCAUAGCAAGACCCAAAUACAUACAUGACUUGUUUUAAUGGUGCUGAUAUGAAAAUUAUAUGAAAAUCUCUCUAUAUAUGAAUUAUAUGUAACUGCAUGGUGCUUCCUAAAGAAAAAUCAUGAAAAUUAAGCUCAAACAACCACCGUAUCGCUGACAUAAGCGCAUGGCAGAUAAUCUUAGUAUUAACUCUGAAGCUAAACGCUCCCCGACUCCUCCUUAUGACCCCCUGUGAGCGAAGAGCCAAUGACACGGAUGGAUUUUACCUUUAUACUACAUUGGUUUUGAAUUUUAUCCAACGAUCCCUCUUCUACUUUGCACGAUAUUUUAUAAAACGUUAUGUGCCUUGCUUUUAGUUAAGAACAAUAAUAGAUAAUGAUUUUAAAAAAGUCAAUUUUUUAUGUAACCUGUGUCACGAUGGAAAAAUUAUUGCUGCAUGUUUGAUUGCCUGUCAUUAUUAGAUUAAGACUAACCGGGUUACCCAAUAGCUGUAGGUUUGAAUGGGUAAGAAGAGCUUAUUUGACCUUCCUCUAAAGCGCCGUAGUUGUAUGGCCAUGGCAUGAGAUCGUCCCUGCAUUUAAACAUUUCAUUUUUCUCCAUUGAUUAAUGUAUUGAGAAUGUAACAAAAUCUGUGAAUGAUGGAGUAGCAGGUCUCCAUAUCCAAUCCGAGCUGACAUUUGAUUUGUUUUUUUUACUUUUUAAAAAUUAUUUCGAAGUUAUAAAAUUAUAUAUAGUUUGUUCAAUUUGAAUAUUUUAAAUCUUUUAAUAAGUUUGGGUCAGUUUUGAGAUUCACACGUUUAGGUGUGUGCCCAUUUGUUAGCAUUUGACUUAAUUUCCCCGAAGCACUUUUUUAUUGUUCAUUGAAUGGUCGAAUUUACAUUUCUUUUUGUUUCGAA